AUGAAUGACACGACACGACGAAGUCUUUUACUUUGGGUGCAAAGUUUUCAUGAAACUUUGGCAAGUGAUAUACAAAUUUCAAGUUUAAAAGAUUUAUGUGACGGUGUUUUUUUAGCCAAGAUUAUGCACCACAUUGAUGCCGAAUACAUGAAUUUGGAACAAAUUACAGAGCAAUCGGACAAUAAUUGGGCACUUAAAUCCAAUAAUCUCAAGACGUUAUUACGUGCAGUGGAGCAAUUUUAUACCGACGAAUUGGGUCAAAUUUGUCAUGCUGAAGACUUGGUGGAUCCAUUGCUAAUUGCUAAAGAAAAUGAUGUACAUGAAGUAUCCAAGCUUACCGAAUUACUCUUAGGAUGUGCUGUUCAGUGUCCAAACAAGUCCGAGUACAUUCACCCGAUCAUGCAGAUGGAUGCAUCUGAACAGGCAAGUUUAAUGCACGCAAUUGAGAAUCUAAUGCGUCGUUUUCAAGCUACGUCUCCUAGUGGCACUUCAACUGCAAGUCGUCGGAAUUCAAUGACCCAUGGAGCGUCCUUUGAUGAUAUUGCACCAUCGUCAUCGCCAGUUUCAGUCUCUGCGUUAACAGUGGGUAAUUCUGCUGAAGAGCUAGCUACACAACUUACUCAGGCACUGGAGCGGAGCUCCGCAAUGGAACUUCGAUAUUUGGAUAUGGAACGUGAAAAGCGUGAAAUGACAGAGCGAUUUGAACGUACCUUGACGGAAAACCGAGAGCUUGCCGAAAAGUAUACGGCUCUCGAAAGUGAACGUGACCAGUUGCGCAGUGAACGCCAGAAUACACUCACGCGUGACAACAAAAAAAUCCAACAAAUUGUCGACAAUGAAGUUCACGCUUUGCAGAUGCAUCUGGAAGAAAAGGACCUGGAAUUAAAGCGUGUCAAGCGCGAGUCGGGAGAACGCCUGAUGAUGCUGGAAAAUGAAGUUCGUCGCCAAGCUGACGAGCUUGAUAUUUCGCGAUCCAAACUUGGAACACUGAACAAACUUGAAGCUAGUGUGACCAAGUUCAAGAAAAAACUGGAGGAAAUGAACGCGCUGCGUGGUCAGGUGCGUGAACUGGAGACCCUUAACACGCAGUACUUGGAUAAAGUUGUGGACCUGGAAAGCACUAUCAAAACUAUGCCUGGACUAAAAAGUCUGGUUGAAAAGUACAAAAAUCAGGUGGUGGAGCUUGAGACGGCCAAUGUGCAGGCAAGCUCCAAUCUCAAUGUUAAGGAACAGAAGAUCCGGAGACUGCAAGAAGAGCUUGACAGCGCGCUAGGUGGAAAAGAGUUUCUCGAGUCCCAAGUGGAGGAGCUCCGCACACAACUUGCAAGUAUUCAAUACCGGGAAAGCAACGAUGACGCAAUGACUGCGGGCGAGAGUAGCGGGCUCACCGGAGGAGGUUUGAGUGCUGAUAUGUUACUUGGUCGCGAUUCUGUUAGUGGAUUGAGAGAGCGUGUGGCUCGACUUGAGCGCGAAAAUGCUGAGCUGAAGAGUGGCAAUGCUGAUGCAGGACAGGCAGAGCUAGCAAACGAUUUGGACAUGGCAAUCAAGGCAAAGGAGUCAUUCCAAGUAUCUCUAUUCCAGAUGCAGAAACAGAAUGACCAGCUGUCGGAAGACUUACGCAACGCGAGAAUCCAAAACGAACAGCAACAACAAAUGCUGGCACAGAUUCAACAGGCUCAGACUCAGGGCCUAUCUCAGCAGCAGGGACAGUGUCAGAGUGCACCGGAUGGACCAGAGCCGAUGCAGGUCUCAAAUGAUAUGGCAGUUAGCGAAGGAGUAGCGGCGGCAGGAACUGCCGGAUUUGCGACACCAGCUAUGCUUGAAGCAGGCGUUGCAAUGGGACCGGGUGGAGCCAUGCAAGCUCCUACACUUACUUCCGGUUCUGUCGUGGUAACCAGCAGCAACAAUGCACUUUCAUCAACCCAAAUUGCCGAAUACCAGGACAAGCUCGACAGGCUGGAAAUUGAGGCAGAAGCGGUCGAUUCAUUGCGCGCAACGGUGACCGAGUUGACAAAGCGUCUCAAGGAAAAAGAGUCCGUGAUCAACGAGCUAUCGGAACAGCGUGCAAAGCUCGAAAAUUACACGAAGAAAACACUUCACGCUGUGCAGACAAAGUAUAUGGUGGCAGUGAGUUCACACCGAAACCAGGUCAACGAGAAGCAGGAACGUGUGGAUUUCCUGGAAAAAAAGAUGAAAGAGAUUCGCGCUUCGUAUUCGCGCGAGCAGGCACUCAUGAUGUCGUCGUUUUACGAGAUUGGAACAGAAAUGCAACGUCGUACGAUGAUGCCACAGGUCCCGGCUGCUGGUGUUCCAGGCGCUGGGUCGUGGCUUGCGAACAAAAGGACAGAAGAACGUGCCAGAAGGCGACAAGGGGCGUGA